GCAAGAGGAGGCACCUGCAGGAAUGAGAUCCACCAUGCAUAGCCUUCUGGUGCUCCUGCUAUGCUCAUUCUGCGUUCGGGCAGAGAUUGCCAUGCAACCAGACUUCGAUCUUCAGAAGUUUGCAGGGAUGUGGCACAUCAUGGCCGGAACAUCAAACUGCCCCGUAUUCCAGGGCAUGAAGAGCAUCAUGACAACAUCUGCUGCUCUGGUCAAACCCCUUCCAAACGGAGACAUGAAAAUACUUACUGGCUACCCUUUCCCUGAGGAGUGCAAGAAGGUAGAGAUGUACUUUAAGAAGGCAGACCAGCCUGCACACUUCACGAAUGACGAGAAUGCCAAGAGAGAUAUGCGGGUGCUGGAAACCGACUACACCAACUUUGCCCUCCUCUACACCUUCAAGGAGGUCGAAAACGAGCCCAGCAGCACCACCGUCCAGUUGUAUACCCGCACUCAAGACAUCAGCAAUGAAGUGCUGGAGAAGUUCAAGGAGCAUUACCACAAGGUGGGGCUCACAGACGACCUGAUGGUAAUCCUCCCCAAGUCUGAUGUUUGCUACAAGCUCCUCAGUGCCUGAAGAGGACCCAAUUCAUCAGCAGCCAAGGCUUGCCCUCCACCCCACUGCAGAAGUCCCGCAGAUUCAGAAAUCAGAAAUCAUUGCUGCUGAUCAGAUCUCUCACCCUCUUUCCCCACUACAAGUGUUCCCCACUCUGCAAUCUGACCUCUGCUUCAUCCACACCCCAUCCCUUCCUGCUGAAUAAACAGCUUUACAA